ACUGGCUCUCUGUCAAAAAUGUCAAUGACCACAGCUAAAUGUGGUUCUCAAAUCGGGGAGUCUGCGGACAGCAUGCAACCAUUUAUCCAACCCUUCGGAGCUUGGACAUGGGCAAGAGGAAAUCCAAUGUCCCCUGCGCGCACGUCACCAUACGCAUGGCACCGCCUUGAACGUUCAGAAUUAGGCUCUUUCGGGCGUCGUCCCAUACUUACAAUCAGCAGGCAACGGGACACAAUUCCUCUCCAACAAUGGAUGGGCCUUCGUUGCGAGCUGACGCUUUACAAUGGUGAACAGUAUCUCAAGCCUUUGCAGGGUGAUGUCGUUCCUCGUAUUGUCAGUGUUCGGGCAUCAUCGGAGGAGAUUACCAUGUCAAUGGAGCCUCCCCAUCCCUCGUUCUGGAUAGAAGCUAGCGCCGACAUGCCUGAUAUCUUGAAAGAACGCUGUAUUUUGGCCUUUCAGAAGAUCCACGCUCGCGGUGUCCUCCAUGGUAACCCGCAGUUACGGCACAUGCUUAUUGGUGGAGACGGUCGAGUCACCAUCGUCAACUUACAAUGCGGCCGAUCCAGUAUUCCUCUCGGAAGUGCUGGGAUAGGCAUGGCGACUGAAAUAGAUUAUCACAAAGAGAUGCGCAAGGUCAUACUUCUCCUUGAGUUUUGGGGAGCUCGCGAGCUAUACGAAGUCAAGGAAUCAGAUAGACCAACCAAUCAACUAGGCAGGCAUUCGUCAACUCAAGGCAUGCGGGACCUUCAGGUAGAAGCGAGCUGGGUAUCUCCAGAUGACGGACCUCUCAAAGACGAUAUUGUCAGCAAGCUCUCUGAUGGGGAAACGUGGCAGGAGCAUUGCUUAUCUGCCAUUGAACAUCUACCGCUGCGUAUCGUCGUUCCAGAUCAACACGAAGACGACCUGGCGACAGCAAUCAAGCAUUUCCUAACCUCCCUCGAGCAAGGCGAGGACGAUGAUAUGACGGUCAAAUUUCCAUCAAGCUCUGACGGCAACUCCAAAUCCUCUUACGAUCGCACGUCUGAAGGCCUCCUACCUUCUCCAUUCUCAUCAGAAGCAUUCCUUACCCAUUCCAUAAGACAGUCACCGAACUUUCUCUUUUCCUCUGAUGGAGAGUUUGGUGACACAGUCCAGGCAGGCCUUGCACAAACACGUACACGCGUCGGAGACUCUACACCUCGUCGUUUCCCCGAUCAUUUUGACACCCACUCGAACCUAUCAUCUCGGGGGCAUAUGUGGCACUCCGAUGACUCUGAGGGUGAGGAGAUCCUCCCAAAGAAGCACAGAGAUUCGCAUUCUCCUACAGAAAAGCGCAUUCGGCGAGAUAACUUAGCUCGGUGUUUCUAUUCGAAAUUGCCUCACCCCGAGCUUAUCAGGGCUGGAUUGAUCCACGCUGAUCCUGCUACGCUGGUGCGACUGAGAAAGGGCGGUCGCCGUGCUGUCGCCUAUGGUACGCUUAAGCGGAGGUUUGGCACACAACCGGAUCAGAUUGAGUCGGUUAGCCGGGGGACCAGGCACCAGGAACAAAAAGAACUCCAAAAUUUCCAUGCCACAAUUUACGCAGGCGCUCGUGGGGGAACGGCGGGACUAAGGGGCCGUCCAAACCUGAGGGAUGAUUCCCUUUGGGCCGACUUACUUGAUUUCGGCGAGCCUAGAGAUUUUCCGGAUGGUCCUCGAAUUCUCACCGCUAUGGAGCUCGAGCAGCGUCAAGAAUUGCUGUCCCUCGCUCCGUCCGAUUCGAGGCGGAAAGGAAUACUAAAGCGGCCAAGGCACAAAGAAGAGAAGUCAUCUGUCCGAUCUUCUAUUGAUCGCGACUCGGUGGCUGAGUUCGAGAAUCUACUACCACCUCGAAAGAAGAUUCGGACUACAAGCUUCCCGACUCGCGCCGCAUCGAUGUUCCGAGAGGUUCCUGAAGGUUCCGCGCGUUCCAGUUCUUCCCCUUCUGGCCAUGGCCACCGCUUUACGCCUCAGCCCUCGCCGUUGGUGGUGUCGCCGUCCCUGCGGACACUGUCAUUUUGGAUGGAACUAUUGGUCGGAUGGUCAUCUCGUUGACGGAUGACACGCUUCUCGGGAAUCGUCAUAUAUCAUAAAUUUUGACUCUAUGUACCCUCGUGGAAUGGGCAUGUAUAUAACAAUAUUAAUGAAUGC